UUUGAGUAUUUUCAAUAUAAUUUUAAUUUGUAACUUUAAAAUUAAAGAUUUCCGCUGGAAAAUUUUCUUCAAAAUGCACUAUUUGAACGUUAAACAAACGAUUCUUAUUCAAAAAGAUACUAUUUUAGGUGACCGGGCUAUAAUGCACUUUUACCGAUUUUUCCUCUUUUGCUACAAUCCAUGAAGCCCUCACAAAGUACAGACAAUUCAUUUUUCUCCGUUAAAAACCUGUGUUUUGUCUCUGCAGGAACGACAUGAAACUUAAACUUUCUCGCGAUUAAAACGGCUCCCACAACUAAGUACAAUACAUAACGUAUGCAUUUUCCAAAAAAUCGACACUUUACAGACUUUAUACAAAUCAAAAAUCGCAAUAAAACGGAUUUUUUUUAAAUAAAAAGGCAUUGGCCUCCAUCUUGAAUGUCAUUUUGACAGGUCUCUGGAUUGCCCUAUAGUUCUUAUCACGUGGCUCCGGUUUAAGUAACCGGGCUACAAAACGGUUAGAGAAAUGACAUACCGUUUUCUAACCCGAGUAACCCUGAGACAAAGUAAAGUGACGUGAUGGAUACCUACCACUCGAAUUUGAGCGGUAUGUUGCGGUUUGUUGAACCGGGGCCACGUGAAAAGGGUUUAUUAGUUUUAGGUUGCCUUUGGUAUACAGGAAGAACAAGAAGAAGAAGAACAUAUCAACAUAACCUAAACUUUAGGUCAAGGUCAAAAUUUUUUUUAAAAAAAUAACAAGGUAAAUUCAACAUUAAUCAACAUACACAACAAAACGUAAAUUGACACGGGAAAGUACAAACAGGCUCUAUGAGAUAUAUUUUGUUCCAUGGCAUCAUAGUUUAUGUCACAAGGUGUUCCAUGGAAUUCAAAUACAUUUUCAAAAUAUUCAUGGGGUUUACAUUAUCUGCCCUAUAAAUUCUAGCACUGUAAUAAUUUGAAGUUUACUUUCCAGCUAAAAAAUGGAUAAUGAUGAGAUAGAUGUUCUUGGAGAGUUUAACAUGGAGCCAAGUACCAGCGACACUAACCUCUUUGGUGAUCCCUCCUCACUAUUUGAAAAUUCAGACUUACUAAACUGUGACUAUACAAUACAUCCUCAAUGGUUACUGGAUAAACCAAGUGCUAAUCCUGAUAAUUGGUACGAGCAAGCUUCAGCAUCCUCUACCAUCGAUUCGGCAGAUAUUGAUGCCAUGGGUGUUAUAUCAACUGAAAACUGCAUUACAGAUGAGAGUGGUUGGACUGAGAAGGAGAAAAAUCUGCUACAAAGAGGUCUUGAAAUUUUUGGGAAGAGCAGCAUUAAUCUUGCUCAGUUUAUUGGUACUAAGAAUGAUUCAGAAGUAAAGUAUUAUUUGAAAAAUUUUGCUGAAAAUUUAGAUCAUUAUAAGCAUAAUCUGUUGAAUAGUGACCAGAUUCCUGUUAGUUUUGAAGAAGAAAUUGCUGGAGUUGAUACAAGUUUUCCCACUAUUACUGAUUCUCCAGCUAAUAAAAAACAAGGAACAAAAAGCUUCGGCAGUGACACAUCAAGAAACUCAAAAAAGGGUAAAAAUGAAGUUAUAAAAAGCAAGAGCGUAGCUAAAAUAAAAUUGAAGACACAACAACACAACAAAACAAAGUCGCAAGGCAAAGGGAAAAUUCAUCACAAAAUUGAAAGUAAAAAAAAAAGUGAAGAUAUCAUAUUAUUACCAGCCAAAGAAAUUUGUACUGGCACAGGACGUUCAGUAUCUAUUUGUGAGGGCGAAGAAAUAGUAACUAUAAAACAAGCCGAGGAUGAUGAUUCUUUGGAUGUCGAUGUAGAAGAUCUUGAUGAUUGUAUGAGAGAGCAUAAAACCUUGGAGGUCAAUAUUGAGAAGAAUACUACAAAAGCUAAUCAAGACGAUAGUCUUAUAGUUGAGAAUGAUACUGUUCUAAAUAACAACCUGGUUCAAAAACCACUUGAUGAUAAUGUGAAAGAAGAAAUUGCUAAACAAUUAGAAACACUUGAUGUACCUCAUUCUGAAGUAAUAUUAGAUUCAAAUACUAUAACAGAUUUGGAGAAAUAUUUUCACCCUGAGUAUUUUACUGGCAAGGGUGUGAAAUCUCCAGAAAGAUAUCUAAAGAUAAGAAAUUAUAUUGUUAGUGCAUGGAAUGCUUCUAAACCAGAAUAUACCGCUAAAACAAAGCUAAGAGCAGGCUUGAAAAAUUGCGGUGACGUUCAUUGUAUUAGCAGAGUACAUUAUUUUUUGGAACAAAUUGGUGCUAUAAACUUUGGAUGUGCAAAAACAAAGUAUAAUCGUCCAUUGAGCCAAAAUCUAACUUUUUAUACACCACGUCAGCAUAAAAAAACUGACAAGUUUGUUGGUAGGGAACCAACAGAACUAGGGCCAAGGCAAAGAUUCAAGAAGAAAUUUAUAAAUGAUGGAGAAGGAGGAUGUACUAUAGCGCAUGGUGAAAAAGGAGAAAUAAUUGACACAACCAUUGUGAAUGAAGAACCUCCAAGACCUAGAUUUUAUAAAAAGCCAAUACAGCUCAUACACUGUAAACCCUUCACAGAUAAUCCACAGCAAUAUUGUCUCAAAAUAAGCAUGUCUACCCUGCUUCUGAUGGAUUUUCAUUCUCAUUCGUAUUUGAAUGAAAUUAUGGGUUUGAUAGGCGGCUACUGGGAACAGGACAGACAAACUUUGAAAAUAUGUUGUUAUGAACCAUGUAAAAAUGUAGCUUCUUCUAGCACAGAAUGUGAAAUGUGUCCUAUUUCACAGGCAGCUGCUGCUGAUAUAAUUCAUUCGAAGAACUUUGAUGUUUUGGGUUGGUUUCAUUCCCACCCUAAUUUUGCACCACAGCCAUCCCAACAAGACCUAGAAACACAGCAUGUUUUACAAGAAUGGAUCGGUAGUGGAAGGCCUUGUAUUGGCAUGAUAAUGACUCCUUUUAAUAGGGAUGGUGCCUUAAUAUCCUCUCCUUUUACGUGUUGGAUGGUUGAAAAAAAUUCAGAGAAUAAACUUCAACCUUAUAGGUUCACUGUAGAAGUAGUCACAAAUGAUUUAAAUUUACCGAAUUUGGUGAACUCCAUAAAGACCAUUAUAUGCACCGAGGACAAAACUUCAAAACAUAAAAAAAUAAUACAAUCUCAGCCUUAUUUUAUGGAUACUAGUAUUAGUCAUCUGGAUAAAUUUCUUUCCAGUGUGAAGAUGAGGUUGGCGAAGACAGGUGCCUUGCCCAGAUCAGAAUGUGAUCAAAUUGUUCAGAGUAUAAGGAAACUGUUGCAAGAACCAUCAGUGCCAUUCUAAGAUCAAUCAAUGCCUGCCUUACUAACAGCUAAUUAUUGGGCUUAAAGCCAAAUAUAAUUUUUAAUCUGUGUGUGUUUAUAGUAAAACGUUAUUAUUACAUACCAAGGUGGGAAGUCUUUCAUUCCUGUCAGGAGAUUAGGUAAUUAACUGAGACGCGGAUUGUCAGAGGUAACUAUAAUCUAGUGACUGGAAUGAAACUUCCCACCGAUGUUUGUAUACUAUGUUAUUUACAAUGAUCAUAAUUUCAAAUAAAAAUAUUUGUGUUUUUAUUUUUUCCUGAUUUUCUGAAGAAACAUCAUUCAACUCGAAACUCGAAAAACUUUGUUAAUUGAACAACCAAGCGUG